AUGACUUCGACACCCGCCUCGACCUACAACGUCGAUUCAGCCAUUGACAGCCCUCGAGGCACCAAACGCAAGAAUUUAGAUGACCUUCAAGGCCGCAUCCAGUCUUCGGAGCGACCACAGAAGCGAAAGUACUUUACUCGCUCAAUCCGAAAACGUCUUCAGCAAGAAACAAACACACCGAUGCAGCACUCGACUCUAGUACCGGAACCUGUUCAAGCCUUACCCCAGCAGACUACAUACGUGCCGGAUCACCAGUUCUAUUUGAAAGACGGAGACCUUUUUGUGACGGUACCAGGGAACGAAACACUGUUCCUUGUACACCGAAAGAAGCUGGUUGAGCUUGGUGGCUACUUCGAGGAUACUUUAGCCGGCGAUCUGGUCCACCUCGACUUCAGACUCUAUUCAUUGCCUCACUACCCACUGCCCGAGUUCGUGGCUUUCCGCGACCUUCGCUUCCUUCUUGCGUACCUAUAUGGAACCCUCACCGUUAGCAAGGAGCUGCCCGAUGGCAGCGGCUAUGUCUACUUCGAAGCCGCCCUUUCGCUUAUACGAAUUAAUGAACAACUCGGGCUCAGCAAGCCCCGAGAGGUCGCGGUGGCGGCGCUUAAAUACCUCUUCCCAACGACCUUCAGACCGAACUUCAAACAAGUAACGAUAGCAGGGCUCAAACUACACCAGGAAGAAUUGUUUUUCCGCACUUUUCCUAUCCGCGCAGUCAACGUGAUCACUGAAUACGGCUUGGACGACCUCAAGCCAAUGGCAUUCUAUCAUGCGUCUCAGUUAUCAAUGGAUGACCUCUUCAACGGCGUCCGAAGCGGGGACGAUGAAAGCGGGCCCCUAGAUAGGAUCACCGACUGGCAGGUCUUCCGUAAGAUUGUGGAGGGCCGUGAGCGAAUUCAGUCGUCCCGCCGGAAGGUUCUGUUCAAAUGGCUCGAGGUGCCAGUGACCGCCAACGUACUUCUUUCCGAAGAAUGCGAGCAGAGGCAGAUGAAGAGCCAGGAAACGUGUCUGGGCUUCCUCGCUGAAGUGUGCAGACAAUUCAGAAAGACGAACUUCUUGAAUGGACGGUGCGAUGGCCUGCUCGGGAUGAACCCUCGUGGGCACGAGCUUUUCGAAGAACAUCUGUGCGAGAUCUGCUGGCCGGUGGCUGAAGGACAUAUAUACGAGGCUGCACGGAAGAACUGGGAGCAGCUGCCGGAAUACUUUGGCCUGGAGCCUUGGGAGACGCUAGAGGACGAGGAGGGGGCGUAA